AUGUCGAAAGAAAUGCUUGGAAGUUUGGGUGUGAUUUUGAUAGUUGUAAUGUUUGUUGAGCCGACGUAUACGUUUACUGUUGCGAGAAACCCUUGCCGACAAGAGUGUAACACUUCAUUCGAAUAUCUGACUUCCGAGUGUGGUGUUAAUGACUUGGACCGUGUGUGUUCUUUAUGUACUGAGUGUGGAUAUGAAAGCUAUGCAAUAACGCCAUGUGGAGGUAUCGAUGGCAAACAAGACAGAGUUUGCGCGAACUGCACGGGGGCAUGCAGUUCUGAUGAAAUCGAGGUGCGUGCGUGUAGUCCUGACUACAACCGGGUCUGUGUGGCGAAUACGACUUGUCAAAACGUAACGAAUGGAGUGUGGGACAUUGAGAGGCAAGACUGCAUGCUGUGCCCGGUCGGACAAUUCAAGAAGUUUUUGGGUGGGUGCUCGAGUUGUCCUGCGGACAUGUUUCUUGAUUAUGAAGGGGCUGGGUCUAUAGAGGAAUGCGUUCACUGUCCGAACUUAUCUUCUUCAGCGGUUGGGUCCGGCAGGUUGGAUGAGUGUGUGUGUGAGGCUGGAUACCACCGUGUUGAAGGCAGCACACCCAGCGCACCGUUCACCUGUGAGAUGUGCCCAGUGGACAGCUACUGCUUUGGGGGGGUCCUCAAGGCAUGCCCCACAAACUCCUUUGCUGGACAGUUCUCGUGGUCGAUCUACGACUGCACUUGCGAGGCGGGAUAUUACUGGGUGGAAGGGAAUGGGACUGCAGGGGAGGGAUCGAGGUGCGGGGGGUGCCCUGUGGGGAGCUACUGCAACAACAGUGUGAUGCAAUCGUGUCCAUCGAAUUCGCUGUCUGUAGAGCUGUCUUCUUCGAUCUCGGCUUGCGUGUGCAUUAAUGGGUAUUACCCGGCAAACGGGGAUUACACUUGUACGCUAUGCCCUGCGAACAGCUACUGCAAGGAUGGUAUGAUUAUGGGGUGCCCGGCGAACAACUUCUCCCUGGCGGGGUCGUCAUUGCCAACGGAUUGUGCGUCGUUGAACGCAUGCCAGAAAAACACCUUCUCAUACACUGGGGAGAAAAUCAACCUGCUGUACUCAUGCGGAGAUGACGAGAGAUCGUUGUGUUCGAGCACGUGCAGGAUUGGGUCGGCGAUGACACCUGGUUUUGAACGAAAGGGAAUAUGGACAGGGCCAGGAUCGUCAAGCACUGAUGUUCGGGGUUCGUGUGAGCAUGCAUUAGAAGAGCCAACGACAACAGGCUUGGUGACGAAAGAGGUAUCGAUUGGGUGCUACGAUUGCCGAACACCGCCAUUCAUAAUCAUAGACCUUGGGGUGAGUAGAGAGAUUUCUAAAGUGAAUAUCUGGAGUAUAGACAAUGGGGCGUAUUGGAAUCUUGCGGGAGCAGGGGAACGAGUGUUGAUUGGGGACAACCCAAGCGCGCCACCAGACUCUUGCCCACAGAGCUGGGGGUGUGUGGGUUGUUGUAACAACAACAACGGACUAUGUGCCUCUGGUAUCAGGUGGUCAGGGCCUAACCAGAAGAAUGAGAUAUCUUGCAACAUGAAGGGAAGAUAUAUAACGUUGACGACGGAUUGCUUGCCAUGCUCGGGUGGAAACCAGCAUGGGCAAUGGAAAGGGGUACUGCAAUCUGCUAAGGUAGAGCUCCCGUUUUGCUACGACUGUCCGGCGAAUUCGGUAUCGAUCCCACAGUCUACGCGUUGCACGUGCCUUCCCGGAUACAUAGACGCGUUGACUGGGUUGGGGUAUACGGAUAAUACGAAGAGCGCAUGCAUCCCAGACACGGCGUGUUCAGACAUGCCAAACGGGGUUUGGGAUCUGUCAAGUAACCAGUGUAUAUUAUGCCCGAGUGGGUACUACAAGAGUGGUCCACUGGAAUGCGUGCCAUGUCCCGCAGGAUAUGCGCUGAAUUAUUCUGGAGCGAUCUCACAGUCAGAGUGCACUUCGUGUACUCCGUCAUAUUUCAGCGACGAAGCGGGAUCUUUGAUUUGCAAGGAGUGUCCUGUUGAUAUGUAUUCGAACAUGUCGGGGACAUCAUGCGCGUUGUGUCCCGAUGGGUCAUAUCUGAAAAACCCAUUGCAAGGGAGCGAUCAAUGUGCUGCGUGCGUUCCUGGUUACUUUUGUGUGAAUGGGGUGAUGAAACUGUGCGCAAACCACACAUACUCAAACGCAUCGUCGACAGCGUGUGAAUAUUGCCCUGAAGGAUCAUAUUUGAAGAAUCCAUUGCAAGGGAGUGAGCAGUGCUCUAUAUGCGAGGCAGGGAAUUACUGUAGCCUAAGCCAGAAAAGUGCAUGCUUUAAGAACUCAAACUCGACAGCUGGAUCUUCUUUGAAAGAGCAAUGUCGAUGCAACUACGGAUACUACCAGAGUGAGCCAGGCGUGUGCUCUGUAUGCCCGAGGAACUCUCAUUGCCCUGAAACGUGCUUUGGUUGA